AUGGCAGGCAAGAAGAAAGAAAUCCAACUUCAGGCCACAAUAACCAAUCAAAAUGAGUGGGAUGAAAUGUUGCUGACAAAAGGUGUAGUAGUAAUAGAUGUAUAUCAAGCUUGGUGUGGUCCUUGUAAAGCUGUGGUAAAUUUAUUCAGAAAACUGAAGAAUGAGUUUAGUGAAGAUGAUGUGUUGCAUUUUGCAGUGGCAGAGGCUGACAGUAUUGAGACUCUGCAACCAUUUAGGAAUAGAUGUGAACCUGUGUUUCUCUUUUGUGUUAAUGGCAAAAUUAUUGCAAUGGCGAGAGGUGCAAAUGCUCCUCUUAUAAGCAAGAAAAUAACAGAGCUAGUACAAGAAGAGAGAGAAAUUGUAGCUGGACAGAAGGAACGCCCUGAGGUAGAUGAACUUACUUUCCUAGAAGAGAAAUCAUCAGAAGAUUCUAUUGAGGAGACUGUACCUGAGGAAGAAGUCACAUACUCUGUUGGAAUUAUAAAACCUGACGAUGUCUUAGAAGGACGUGUAGAAGAAAUUAAACAAAAGAUUAGAGAUGCAGGCUUUGGCAUUGCAGCAUCAGAAGAGAAAAUGCUAACUGAAGAACAAAUCAGAGAAUUCUAUACCCAGAAAAAAGAACAGCCUGAUUUUGAUGAUUUUGUUCAGUUCAUGAUGAGUGGACCAUGCCACAUUUUGGUCAUCACUAAAAAAAAAGGAACUGAUGCUAUUCCUCUCUGGAAAGAACUACAUGAAGCACUUGAAAGCAUUCCUGAUGAGUCUGGAAAGCCAGAAAGACUGGAAGAAACUCUGGGAACUGGGAGUAUAUUAAAUAUUUGUGGUGUGCAAAGCAGUAUAGAAGAUGCCAGCAGGCAACUUGCCUUCUUUUUCCCACAUUUUGGUCAAAAGAAGACAGAGAAAAAAUUUGAAAAGACUUUGGCCUUAGUUAGACCUUGUCUCCUAAAGGAAAGACGAAAUUCUAUUAUACAAAGAAUAAAGGAUGAUGGCUUUGAAAUAGCAAUGCAGAAAGAAAUAAACCUAUCUGAAGAACAAGCACGUGAAUUUUACAAAGAGCAUGAAAAUGAAGACUACUUCCCUUUCCUGCUAGAGCAAAUGACCAGUGGUCCAACUCUUGUACUUGCACUAACACGAGAAAAUGCUGUAGCACAUUGGAGAAAUUUAUUAGGUCCAAAGACUAUUGAAGAGGCUAAGAAGGAAAAUCCAAACAGUUUACGUGCACAGUAUGCACUUGACAACAUCCCAAUUAAUCAGCUGCAUGGUAGUUCUUCACCUAAUGAUGCUCAGAAGGAAUUAGAGUUCUUCUUCCCUCAGGAGCACACUUUGGCAUUGAUCAAACCUGAUGCUGCUAAGAAGCAUAAAGAUGACAUUAUGCAAAAAGUUAAAGAUGCUGGGUUUACCAUCUCAAAGAUUAAAGAGGAAGCUUUAACUCGUGAAAUGGCUACAAAGUUUUAUAAGGAUCACGAAGGAAAACCUUUUUUUGAAGAGUUAGUGGCACGUAUGACUGAGGGCCCAUCAGUGGUAAUGAUCUUAACAAAGGAAAAUGCUUUGCAAGAAUGGAGGCAACUAAUGGGUCCAACAGAUCCAGAAGUAGCAAAAGAGAGCUCUCCUGAAUCAAUUCGGGCUCAGUUUGCACAAGAUAUUUUGUCUAAUGCAGUUCACGGAUCAUCUACUAGAGAACAUGCACUGGAAAGCAUUGAGUGUAUAUUUGGUGAGAUUGAUAUAGAUUGAACAAUUAAGACAAUCUCUGAAAAGUUGUAGUCAAGUUAUUAGAUACUUUUGUCUACCCAACCACCUAUAGUUAGCACAUAUAUAUACAAA